AUGCCCAUAUAUUGUGACACAUAUCCAUUUGAAUUUGAGCUGGAGAGCACCGUGGACAAAGAUGCCCUGGUCCAGAAGAAGAUGGAUCGUCCCAGCGACCAUGGCAGGAGGCAAGCUCCGAGGGCAAACCCAUUGUUCCCCGCGCACCAACGACGAGAAGAUGAGGAAGAAGAGUCACACCGUCGACGGCAAUCCCUUCACGGACAGCCUGCAGAACAUCAACAGCAGCAGAUACCCCUCCAUCGUCGUAGCAGCUCCCUGCGAUCUGAACAUGAAGUGGUCCGCCUGGGCAAUCCGGGGGCGCACGACUUGUCGCAUUCGCCCUUCCCCAUGCCUCAAAACGGCUUCGUCCAGCGUGCGAUUCAGUAUUAUGUGAAGCAGUACUCCCCGACGACGGUCCAGCGUCCUCAUUUUGUGGGAGUAGGCCCGGAUCUGACCCUCUUGCGCGAUUACAUUCCCUUCAUCAUGAAUGACCGGAUGACAUUCUCGGCGCUUGUGGCCUCAGCCUCCUUCGGCGCCAACAUUGCCGCCACAGGCAGUCGCGAGGCUCCAUCCGAAUCUCUGAGGUUCUAUCAGACGGCCGUCUCGUUGGUACGGGAGAGGUUGACCAAUGAAUCGCAGCAGGCGAGUGAUGCCAUCAUCAUAACUCUAGCCAACUUGUGCGCGUUUGAGGCCUUUUCGGGAAACUAUGAUGCGGUUGACAUGCAUACACAGGGCAUCAAGCAGGUCGUCGCUCUUCGAGGCGGCACCAGCCAAUUAGGCUUCGAGGGAUUUCUGAAGACAAUGGCGACUGCGUGGCAGAACUUUUAUGCAGCUCGACACUCGGUCAAUCUGACCGACCCGCGCUUCUUUCCUGAGGAUGGAAACUUCACCUACCCAGAACAUCCCUUCGAUCCCGAGUUGUGCGAUGUUAUUGCCCGGUUCCCACCUGGACUGACUGACAUAGCCUUGUCGGGCAUGCUGAGUCAUCAGAUCAUCAACAUGAUUGACUACGUCAACAACUGGUUACACGAAGUGAACACCUCGCUCAGAGACUCAGAUGUAUACAGCCUGCAUGACUUAUCACAGAGUUCGCGCAAUGUCACUCUGUGUGGCGAGUUUCUGCACAAGCGAGGGUUGACAAUUGUCGAGCAACUCCUCAUCCUUGCUUUGACUGCCUUCUGCUAUUCCACCGAUUCAACACGCUCCAUGUUUUACCUAACAAAUGCAUACCUCCAGAUUCGUUGCAAGUAUAUGAGAACGCUGUAUAUUGAGGUGAACGAGAGAAACGAGGCAUUCAUAACCUGGGUCUCGACCAUGCUUCUUGCCACGUUCGACCCAGGAUCACAGCCUUGGUUCUUAGGUCUAUCGAUCCUGCGAGCGCGACCGACCCUGCGAGACUGGCAGGCAAACGUCAGGAUAUCCGAGAGUUUCUUCUGGAACGAUGGUCUCUCGUUGAAAUUGGCGUCGAAACUCGGUCACCUCAGAGGAACAGAACGACAGGGCCAGGGUUGA